AGUGUUUUCUCUACUAACCUGCUUUCGGCAUUGAAAUUUGGAGAUUUCGGCGACUUCCUAAAGCUCAAAAUAUCUUCUGUUUUGCUGGAAAUCUCCGAUUCCUUGAUCCUAGAGAACGCGUGACAAAGUUGAGAUUCUUGAGAAGCUUAUGGAGUCUCACAAGCUCUGCUUAUUGCUGGACGGCUGCUGAGUGCACGGUUAGAUUCAUGUGGCCAUUGUCUGCUUCGAAGGGUUUACUCACUGACGCUCUUUGAGUGGAUAUGGACGAAGCGGGUUGGGAUUUUGAAGGAGAGUGGGAGCGAUUUGGUGAUCAAUGAGUUGUUGAAAUGGGAGACUGCUCUUGAGGAACCUGAGCUCUAUCAGCUGCGAGACUAACAUCAGGUGCACUACCAUCUCUUUCUAACUCAGCUUCCCAAAGAGCAGUGGGCACUACUUGGGAGUUUCCUCUCUUGAAUCUGUAGCUUGGAGGAGUUUUCUUAAGCGAACGGCUGAGACCAACGCUGAGGGCGAUAGUGAUCGCAACAGAGGGGAUCCAAAUGCUGUUGAUGAAAGCACGAGGCGUUUGGAAAGUGACAUCAGAAAAAGUGGAAGCUCUGAGGGAAGGAGUUAAAAAGUAUAUUCAACACUCUUUGCCAAUUCCCGUACGUGCUCUACUACCAAUGCCUCAAUACCUUAACAUUUUUUUUUUGCUAAGGAUGUUAAUAUCAUAAAUGAAAUAAAAGAGUUUUUACAAGAGUAGAAACACUAAUCUAAAAUUGCUUCUCUGGCAAAAAAAGGAAAAACAGAGAGACAAUUAAGUUACAUUUGUGGUGAUGCAAACAUCAGUGGCUCCAAAGAGGUAGAUAGUUGAGGAAUCUUUUCCUCCUGUUUCUUGCAUGGAUGGUGUUGCGAAUGUCCCUGUCUAUGCACUUAAUAAUAGACUCCGGUGGAAUGUGGGUGCUGUUGAAGAGGACAUUGUUUCUCUGUUUCCACAGAUGAUAUAUCGUUGCGUGGGCAACCAGACAACGGAGUGUUGCUGGGGCUUGAAGAGUAUCGGAUUUCAACCAUGAGAGCAGCUCCUGCCAGUUACAAAAUAACCUACCAGAAGGUCGUAGCCUUAGAAGGACAUUGUACUCAAUACCUUAACAUGGCUCAACUUAUAUGUUCGUAGCAUUGCGUUUUGCUGUUGUGAAAAUAUAUAAAGAACGCAAAACCCUGCAGUGUUCGUAGAGAGGACUGAGGUGAGCACGUCCUUUUCUAACCUGAAUUAAUUAAUAUGUUAAGUGUGAGUGAUAUAAAAGGUUGUUGGGGGAACUUAGUUCGGUAGAGGUAGCCUCUUUUAAAGGAGAAGUGGGUUUUGAAUUGAUGUGGGGUUUUACCUGCGUGACAUAUCAACUGUGGAGAAAGGUUCUUCAAUGUCAAACUUAUACGGCUUUUCUUGUUUAGGAUUAUAUUCCAACCUUAUCUUCAUUUUUUUAUACCAUUUUCUCUUUCUCUCUCUCCUUCCUUUUCUACGUGUCAAGUAACAUCUAGUUGACAACAAAACAGUAGUCAAUUAUGCGCAACAUAUCCAUUUACAUCUAUGUUGUUGCCUGUUAGCAUUCGGACCCUCCUUAGACACAAAGCUAAGAUCAUGAACAUAUAUAUGUAUUGGUUACUGCAUAUUUGUUAUGUGUUGCUAGUUUAUUACAGAACCAUGAACUCCUUGAGAGCUAAAGGAAGUCGCCACCAACAACAAAAAGCAAAUUUUCAAUGGUGAUGUCACUAUCUCUUCUAUUCUCGCCGUGUUCCCCACUUCUGUUCUCACUUUUCCUCUGUUUUGUCGUUUUUUUUUUGUUAUUUUGGAUUCUUCUGUCCACCAAUCUAAUAGUUGGUUUGGUUGAAUCGUGCAGUUUCCCGAAGCAACAAAACUCUUUCCUCCCCAGUCUUACAUUUCCAGUAAGUUACAGUUUCUCAAGUCUUAUCCUCUUUGCUAUUAUGUUUGUGAUGUGGUUUGAGUGUCUUUGACUGGCAACUAAGGUUUGUCAAAGUUUUGAAUAUGUAUAUUUUACAAUUUGGGUCAAUAAAUAAUUAAAGAUAAUGAUUUUCUGAAAAAACAAAAAAGUUCAGGCCAAAGACUGUUCAACAUAUAUUAUCUGCUGACGCUUCUUGAUGAAGUACAAGUAGAAGAAGAAGUACGUAGGAAGAGUUUUGGCCGCCAGAGUUAUCUCGUCCUCUCAAAAAUAUUCCUGGGAUCAUAAAUCUAUCUUUGUCAACCAUGAACACGCAUCAAGUUCCAGAGUAUGUUGAAACCGAUCCCACUGGACGCUACGGACGUUUUGAAGAAGUUCUUGGAAGGGGAGCGAUGAAGACAGUGUACAAAGCAAUCGACGAGAUGCUGGGAAUAGAAGUAGCGUGGAGCCAGGUGCAGCUAAAAGAGGUUCUCCGUUCCUCUGUUGAUAUACAGAGGCUAUACUCCGAGGUUCAUCUUCUCAGCACUCUAAACCACAAAUCUAUCAUUCGUUUCUACACUUCCUGGAUCGAUGUUCGUUCACACACACUCAACUUCAUCACCGAGUUGUUCACUUCUGGGACCCUCCGACAAUACAAAAACAAGUACUUGCGGAUAGAUAUUCGAGCAAUCAAGUCCUGGGCUCGGCAGAUCUUGGAAGGGCUUGUUUAUCUCCACGGCCACGACCCUCCUGUGAUACAUAGAGACCUCAAGUGUGAUAACAUCUUUGUUAAUGGCCAUCUUGGACAAGUCAAAAUAGGCGAUCUUGGUCUUGCAAGAAUGCUCCGGGACUGCCACGCUGCCACUAGUGUCAUCGGCACUCCCGAGUUCAUGGCUCCAGAACUAUACGAGGAGAACUAUAAUGAACUCAUUGACGUGUAUUCCUUUGGUAUGUGCUUUUUGGAGAUGAUCACCUCUGAGUUCCCGUAUAGUGAGUGCAAAAAUCCGGCGCAGAUUUACAAGAAAGUUGUUGCGGGAAAGCUACCAGGAGUCUUUUACAGAGUUGGAGACAUAGAGGCACAGAGGUUCAUCGGGAAAUGCCUCGUGCCUGCGUCUAAGAGAGUGUCAGCAAGAGAGCUAUUACAAGAUCCAUUUCUCGCUUCUGAAGAGUCCUGGAUGGUGUACGCGAGAGGUGCUGCGAAUCUGAAGCCUUUCUUGAACGAGAAUGAAAUGGACAGACUGAAGUUGGAAGAUGAUGAGUUAGGAAGGAGCCGUAUGACCAUCACUGGGAAGCUGAACGCUGAAGAUAACACAAUGUUUCUGAACGUACUAAUCGCAGAUGAAAAUGGUAAGGCAAAGAGGGUUUCUUUUCCCUUUGACAUCAUGAAUGAUACUUCUAUUGAUGUUGCCAAGGAGAUGGUAAAAGAACUCGAGAUCACAGAUUGGGAGCCAGUCGAGAUUGCUAAAAUGAUUGAUGGAGAGAUCUCUUCUUUGGUGCCUGGUUGGAGGUACGAGGAGGAAGAUGCUCAUGAUGAGGCGAAUUCUCAGAGUUCUUCCAAUUCAGGAUCAUAUUCCAACGUCAACUACAUAUCUGUUGAUGAGCACAGCUCUCAACCUGAUGCUAAGACCAGAACUCACAACAUGACGAGGUUCUGUCCUGAAGAAAGAUCUCAUCUACAUUCAGGACACGACAACGUAUGUGCAGCUUCCAGUUCGAGUAACUGGAGAUUGACAUCAGACAACCGCGCGCUUACAAGGAACCGCUCGCUUGUAGACGUGCAGAGGAAGUUACUGCAGCGGUCGCUGGUGGAAGAGGCUAGGAAGAGAAGGUUAUUCAAAACUGUUGGAGACGUAGAAAAUGUUGGGUUUCAGUCUCCUUAUGCGGUUUCCAGAAAGCCAAGGAGCUCAAGGCGCUAAGCUUCUUUUGAACAUACUGUAGAUUUUCUGUUCAUGUAAUAUCGUGUAAUGUGAAGAUACUGUAGAUUUGAAGAUACGGCUUAUGUUUCCAUAUAAUAACAAAGGGUUUAUUUACUUCA